ACAGCGAGAUGGGUGAAGUUGUAGGAGAAAAGCCUCAUGCAUUGCUUGUGCCUUUUCCACUUCAAGGCCAUAUCAAUCCGAUGAUGCAGCUGGCGAAGAAGCUCGUUUCUGAUGGAUUUAUUGUUACAUUCGUCAACAAUGAGUCCAAUCAUUACCUCAUAAUGAAAGCGAAGAAGAAGAUGGAAUCGACAGAUGCAAAUAAAGAAGAAAUCAGAAUGGUCUCACUACCCAAUAACCUCCCGCCUGAGGUGCCGCAGGACGACGUUCUGAAACUGCUGGACUUGUCAAAUCAAACGCUCGCAUGCUCUCUGCGCAAGCUCAUUCAAGAUAUCAACGAGAAAGAAGCGCAUAAGGUCACUUGUUUAAUUUUCGACCUGGCUGUUUUUUUCAUCAAGGAGGUAGCCAAGCAUUUCGAUAUUCCAUACGCUAUUUUUUCGCCGGUCUCUGUUGCAACUGCCGCCACCUGCCAUAUGCCUUCAAGAUUGAUCUCUUCAGGGAUCCUUUCUUCCAAUGGCACUGCACAGGUGAAUAAGACGAUCAACGCUCUCCCCUCCAUGCCGCCCUUGCAUUCCACACAGUUUGCGUGGAUGCUCGGGACUGAAGAUGAAAUCCAAAAGACAUUCCAAUCGACUCUGGCUACGGAGAAACAAGUUCGGGAGGAUAUCAUUAUUUUUAACUCAUCCUACGAUCUGGAAGCUGCUGUUAUUAAGGAAUAUCCGGAGAAAGGAGUAGCUUUGUGUCCAAUAGGUCCUCUCAUUCCUGAACAAACAGGGCACCAUACGAGAGCCGGUACGUUGCGGACGGAAGACCUGAAGUGUUUGGAUUGGCUACAUAAACAGCGUCCACUGUCUGUCCUCUACGUGGCAUUUGGGAGCUUGGAAUUAAUCUUAAACGAAAAGCAAUUGCAAGAGCUGGCUCUGGGUCUCGAAGCCACUGGAAGACCUUUUCUGUGGGUAUUGCGCUCUGAUUUUAAGGCUGCCAUGUUUCCUCCGGGAUUCGUAGGGCGCGUGGGGGAUCGCGGAUGUCUCGUUUCAUGGGCUCCACAGCUUUCGGUUUUAUCGCAUCCUUCGAUUGCGUGUUUUAUUACUCACUGUGGAUGGAAUUCGACAGUGGAGAGCAUCAGCAUUGGCGUGCCCUUGCUCUGUUGGCCUCAAUCGAUGGACCAGUUCCUCAACUGCUCUUACAUUGUCAAUCACUGGAAAAUCGGGUUGGAAUUGGUGAGGAACGCUUGGGGUAUAGUUGAAAAGGAGGUGCUUCAGAAGGCAGUAGAGAAACUCUUGAUUGAGGACGAUGGCAUUGAGAUGAAGAAAAGAGUAAUAAUGCUGAAGAACAGCGUUAGGGCUUCUGUCAGAGAAGAGGGCUCUUCCUGCAUUAACUAUAAACGAUUUUUGGAGGCUAUGAAAAGUAAUCUUGAAUACAGCGAAAUUGUUAGAAGGCUCUGUGAAGAUAAUUAAAUUUAUUAAAUCGCACCGACA